AUGCGCAAGGAACACUUGCGCCUAUUGCAUUGUCCACCUGAGCAGCUUCUUAGUGCGGUGAGACAACGUUAUUGGCCCUUAAGCGGUCGAAGAGAGGCACGCAAGAUAGUGAGAAGCUGCGUGAGCUGCUUUCGGUUUCGACCGACAGUUCCGGAAUUGAAGAUGGGAGAUCUGCCCAAGCAGAGAGUGACCGGUCUCGGCAGACCAUUCAGAAGUACCGGUGUUGAUUACGCGGGCCCUCUACAGCUCCGUGAGAGUCGACGUCGGGGGAGAAUCCACAUUUCAAAAGGCUACAUAGCGAUAUUUACCUGCCUGAGCACUAAGGCGGUUCAUAUCGAGCUUGUCUCAGAUCUGACAACGGAGGCAUAUUUAGCGGCUUUAAACCGUUUCACAGCCCGUCGCGGGAUUUGUUCGAAGAUAUUCUCAGAUAAUGGGACGAACUUCGUGGGAGCGGCUCGAGAAUUGAAGGAGGUGUACACGUUCUUGGAGAGGAAGAGCUCAGAAAUAGAAGACAACCUGGCUCGUCGGCGAAUAAAGUGGAGCUUCAUUCCUCCACACGCCCCGCAUUUCGGGGGCAUUUGGGAGGCGGCGGUGAAAGUCGCCAAACGACGUUUGUACACGGUGACCAAAGGAAGGGUGCUUACGUUCGAGGAAUGCAGUACCUUACUAUCCCAGAUUGAGGCUAUAAUGAAUUCGAGGCCCCUCAUGCCGUUAUCUAGCGAUCCAAACGACUUGUCGGCCUUGACACCCGCGCAUUUUUUGAUAGGCGAUUCUCUUAUACAGCCUGCUCAACAUGAUUUUACUGAGAUUUCAGAGAAUCGUCUCACCCAUUGGCAGAAUCGGCAGCGAUUGCUUCAGCAGUUCUGGAUCCGCUUUCACAAGGAGUACCUGAACGAGUUGCAGCCAAGGACAAAGUGGACGGCUUCAGGAGACAACAUCGAGUUGAAUACAGUGGUUCUGAUAAAGGAAGACCACACCCCACCAUUACAAUGGGCUCUGGGAAGAAUCACAGCCUUGCAUCCUGGACAAGACGGCGUGGUGAGAGUAGUAACCGUCAAGACACAGAGCG